CUGAGACGGUGGAGGAGUCAGCAUUUAACGCUCCGGCUAUCCCAAAUAGAAUUGAAGUACUGACCUAUUCAGAGUGAACUUUUCGAAAUGCAAACGUUUAAAAACUGCUGGGAAACAUUACAGCCUUCUAGAUCUAGGAUACAUGAUGGUUACAAACCUGUUCAGACUGGAAUUGGUUCACAAGAAGCACACACCGAAGAGGAUUCGCAUCUUUUCCCAGCCGACGAUCAAGGAAGGGACUUGAAGAAGACGAAAGAGAUUAGUACUUGGAAAGUUGUUUUCAAUCUCUUCAACUACAUGGAAGGUGCUGGUUUUCUUGCUCUUCCCUUUGCUAUCUACCAAGGUGGUAUUUCAGCUGUAGUCGGAUUUUUCGUCAUUCCAAUUUUACUCGGAUACACUGCAAAUCUUCUGAGUGAAUGUUUGGACGAUGAAUGCGAAAACGGCGAAACAAUAAGAAAAAGAURGACUUAUCAGGGUAUUGCACGAGACUGCUGGUCUGGAAUGGAAUACGUAGUGUUAACCUUGAUCAGCGUUAUCAUUAUUUUUGAUGAAGCCUCAUACAUAGCAUUAUGUGCAUCUCUCAUGUCGGAGCAGUUUCCACACUUGACAAAGUUUCACUGGGCAUGUCUUGGGACGUUAGUUGUAUCACCGACUGUAUUCCUUAAGCAGUUUUCUAACAUUGCAUGGAUUAGUUUGGUUGGCAUUAUAGCACUAACUAUAACUGCAUUGAUGGCACUUUAUUUUGAGUUCCAACAAAUUCAUAAGUGGUAUUUCCAUUUGCUACUAUUCUGGGACACUCGCGGUGUUUUCAUGUCUCUUUCAAUCUUGCUAUUCAGCUAUAGCAUUCAUCCUGCCUUGGUUUCAAUGUUAGCAGAAGUCUCUGACAAGUCUCGAUGUAAAGUGGCUUUAUCCUGGACAUUCUCGCUUGGGAUGUUAUUCAAACUAGUGUUCGGGUUAUCAGGAUUUCUUACCUACACGAGGAAUACCAAUGAAGUCAUCAUCAAUAAUCUUCCAUCGGGAAUUAUACCUGAAAUUGUUACCACGUUUUUCGUUUUAAGUAUUCUUCUUACAUUUCCUGUUCCAGUUGAAGUUGUUGUCAGGAACAUAGAGCAGUCAUUUUUUCAUCGGAUGCUGUCUACAUUAAUAAAUCCGGUAGUGUUGAUGGUAGGGGUUCGAGUCUUGCUAGUUUUGAUGAUUUUCACAUUAUCAGUUUUGGUGCCUCACUUUGCCUUGAUAACCUCUUUGAUUGGGGGGCUUUCUCUCUGGAUAACCCUUAUUUUUCCAAUUGUGUUUCACUUAAAGUUAAAAUAUCAUCGAUUGUCUAGACUUCGAAUAUAUGUUAGUGUGAUUGGGAUAAUCUUAGGCAUAAUCUGGUUUGUAUGUAGUCUAGCAUUGACCAUCUUUUCUAUUAUCAAUGUGGAAAUGAAUGAAAACACUGAAUAAACA